AGAGAAAGAGUUCGAUUUUGGGUCUAUAGAAAAAUGUAACUUUUGUAUAAUUUACGUUAUUUAAACAGAAAAAAAACGCAUUAAAAUGGGAUUUUUUGUAAAAUUUUAUUUUGGUUAUAAGUAGUUCUAUAUUCCUAUCAUCGUACAAAAUAAUUAUGUGUCCUUAUCUGUAGCGGCUCUUACUAUUGUGCAACAUUGAUCCAAGACGAGAAUCCCAACGGGUCAAUCACAAAGUCAUCGGAGUAUGGAGGGAGGCGGGAAGCAGUCGCGGUUGUUGGGUCGACUGCUGGGCAAGUUGCGGGGCGAACAUCGGUACAAUACUCUUGAGAAACGCUGCUCCUUGACCUCCACAGGCAUGAGUGAGAGCACGACGAAUGAGGAGGACGAGCCAGAAAUCCCUUUACCGUCAGCUUCUCUGCCGACGUCCACCAACAUUCACAUCGACGACGUACAAUCUGCUUCCAACAUAGACCUUAGAUACGGCGGACAAUAUUUGACACCAGAACAGUUGCCAGAAUUUUGUGAUCAGCUUCAUAAUCUGGUACAGGUGAUCAGAAACAUACAGUCGUACGCUAAGGUUACAGGAGAAUAUCCAAGUUCAUUGGAGCAGCGUUUACAUCAAGAGGCGCAGGAAGUGGCCACGUUAGCGGCGGAGGCUCGCAACGCACGAGACGUGGUAACGCGCACGCGCCUUCAACGGCGAGCUGUGCGCGCGCAACGCAAGCAUCUUAUCUCACAUUUGGCCAGUUUGAGGGAAACAGAGGUUCGGGAGUUGGAGAGCACAGUGCGUCUUUCAGAUCGGAAACUGUAUAAAAGUUGGGAAGCACUCAAAGACUCCACGGAAACGUCUGAUUUUGAACCGUUGCUUGAAGAAAUUAAGAACAAGCAAACGGCGUUAGAGUGCUUGGUUCGAUUAAUCGAGAGCCGCCGGUCCGCCAUCACACGCAACACUUGCCCGGCGCCCCCGCAGCUCCUGCCGCCGCCGUUGCCAAAAGAAAAUAAUAACGAAGAAUCAACGACGGCAAGUGCGUCUACGGGCCACAGACGAGAUGGCCGUCGUGCGAGUGGGAAGCGCCGGCGCAAGGACGCGUCGCGGGAACCGCGUUCUGUGCCUUUGUCUGGUGAAUCUAGCCACCACGGCCCCCAGCCACAGGUUACCUUGUUCAUACAGGGCGCUGAACGCUCGUCAAGAUACCGCGUGGGCAGCGCCGGCGCCGUCGCUCUCACGCCGCUCGAGCUCCCGUCGCGAGGCAGCGUCAGAGAUAUACUAUUUUUCACCUCUAACUGAAUUGUUAAUGUUUAAAUACAACCUAAGCCCACUAA